AUGGGCGACCUUUAUGGCCCGGGCCAUGGAAAGGCCUUCGCGGGUGGGUCGUACGGGUACCCGAACAUGAAUUGUAACAUGAGCCGGCCGUUUAUGGAUCUGACCACGGAGGAGCAGAAAUGCCUCGACGAACGGAAAUACUGGUGUUUUUUAUUGUCAAGGUAAACAUUUUUGUUUUUAAAAUUUUUCUCUUUUUUAGAGUUGUUCUUAAUAAAAUCACAAUAAGAUUAAAAAUAAGUCAUCAUAUUUACAUUUCCAGUAUUGUAACCUUCUGCGUGAGCAUGUUGUUGGUCGUAUUAUGGCGCAUAAUCACCCAUCUCUGCUGUCAACCGCCCGAACGAGAGGUGCUGCCCGCCGUGCCUCCCUCCGAGUUCUACAAAACCGGCUCCACUUCCGGCUCCAUUGCUGGGCCGCCGUUAACAAAAACCGAAUUAAAUCGAGUGAACCCGAAAGAGGAACAAGUCCAGAUCGGAUGGAUGACCGAAGCCAAGGAUUGGGCCGGAGAACUGAUCUCCGGCCAGAGCAUGACCGGCCGCAUAUUGGUGGUGCUGGUGUUCUUGCUGAGCAUCGGAUCGUUGGUCAUUUAUUUCAUCGACACGUACAAGGACUCGUUCCACGUCGAGACCUGCAUUCCCUGGUCCCAAAGUCCCACACAGCAGAUCGACCUGGGCUUCAAUAUCUUCUUCUUGAUCUACUUUUUCAUCAGGGUAAAAUUUAAAAAUGUUUUUUUUUUAAUUUCGAGUUUUUUUUGAUUUUUUUUCAAUAAUUUCAAAAAAUUUUUAUUUAAAAAAUUCUCAAAACUCUUGUGCUAAUUUAUAUUAUAUUUUUUCAGUUCAUCGCCGCCUCGGAUAAAGUGUGGUUCCUGUUGGAUCGGUACAGCUUUGUGGACUACUUCACAAUUCCGCCGAGUUUUGUCGCCAUUUACCUUGAGAGAAAUUGGAUUGGUAAAUUAAUUUUUUUCAAAGUUUGGAAUUUUGUGUCAUCGAUUUUUAUACCUCUUUUUUAGGCCUUCGAUUUCUCCGUGCUCUCCGACUGAUGACCGUUCCAGACAUCUUGCAGUACCUGAAUAUCCUCAAAACAUCAUCUUCCAUUCGGUUGACUCAGCUCUUGUCCAUUUUUAUUUCCACUUGUUUGGCUGGAGCUGGGGUUAUUCAUCUGGUACGUGGGAAAUUUAUAAAAUUUGCAAAAAUCCUAUUUCUUCGUGCUUUUUUCCGGUAAAAAAUCGGUUUUCUGUUAAAGAUGUAGGUCAAAAAACAGCCACAUAAAUUUUUUCUACGUAAAGGUGGCAAGAAAAUGCCAAAAAAACUUUUUUCGUCUUACCGUCUCUCCUCAUUUUCCAUACUCUCUCAACUCGUUAAAUUUCUCGGCUCCCUCUACAAGCAGAACCCUAAAAAUUUCAGUAAUUAAUUUCUGGUCUAUUCAGAGCAUGUAAGCAUAAUUUGAUCAAAAUAUGAACAUUGCAUCUCGAGAAAUUCACAUUUUUAUCAACCUUGUUUUAGCUAGAAAACAGUGGCGAUCCCUGGAAAGAUUUCAUGAAUUCCCACCGCAUCUCAUAUCCGGAUUGUGUCUACUUUUUACUGGUGACAAUGUCCACUGUCGGCUACGGUGACAUCUAUUGUACAACGGUUUUGGGAAGAGGAUUUAUGGUCUUCUUCAUUCUCGGAGGCUUGGUGCGUCCAAAAUCAUAUUAUUUUUUUUUAUUUUUAUUCAUUUAUUACAUUUAAAGCAUUGUAAAUGACUCUGUUGUAGGCCAUGUUUGCGAGUUAUGUGCCGGAGAUUGCGGAUUUGAUUGGAAAUCGGCAAAAGUAUGGGGGCGAAUACAAAGGAGAGCAUGGGAAGAGGUAAGAUAAGGUCGUAUUUUAAGCGCCGUUGUAUUCUUUCAUGCUGCAAAGGCUGAAAUCAAUUUGUAAUUUCCUCAAAUUUUCUAUUUUUUGAUGAUUUUCUGGUUUGGGUGACAUUUUAUACGAUAAAAACUGUUUUUCAUUCUCAGCGUAUAAAAUGUCACCAGGGUCAAAAUUGUCCCUAAUUACGGUAAUUUCAUGAAAUUGUGGUUCUAGACACAUCGUCGUAUGUGGUUACAUUACAUACGAGUCUGUCUCCCAUUUCCUCCAAGACUUUUUGCACGAAGAUCGAGAAGAUGUGGAUGUGGAGGUCGUCUUCCUCCAUCGAGUUGUGCCCGAUCUCGAAUUGGAAGGUCUUUUCAAACGGCAUUUCACAAAAGUCGAAUUCUUUACGGGCACGGUGAUGGAUUCCAUUGACUUAUCCAGGGUCAAAGUGGACGAAGCGGACGCUUGUAUUGUUUUGGCCAACAAAUACAGCAGCGACCCCGAUGCCGAGGAUGCCGCGAAUAUCAUGAGAGUGAUUUCGAUUAAGAAUUAUUCGUCAGACAUCAGGGUUAUCGUCCAAUUAAUGCAGUAUCAUAAUAAGGUGAGAUUCGAAAUUUUUGAAAUUUUUUGAUAAAAGAUUUGACCUAAAAGGCCAUGAGAUUUUUUAUAUGAAAAUUUUGUAAUUUUUUUACUUUUCAGUAUCAAAUUUGUAUAAAAAAUGCCAAAAAAAAAUUUUUCAAAAAAAUAAAUUUUCGUAUUUAAGGCAUAUCUUCUGAACAUCCCCUCGUGGGAUUGGCGUCGCGGUGACGAUGUGAUCUGCCUCGCCGAACUGAAGCUCGGCUUCAUUGCUCAGAGCUGUUUGGCGCCCGGCUUUUCCACAAUGAUGGCCAAUCUUUUUGCCAUGAGAUCUUUCAAAACGGUAAGUCUUUGCCAGUAAUUGCUGGCCCUAAGUGUCAUCUAACCCGCGAAUUUUUUAACAUCUUUUUUGCAAUUUUUGAAACGGUAAUGGAAUUUUAAACCAGCAGUUGCAAAAAAAUGAAAAAAUUGUCCAGUCUCAAACUUCGAGAGCUCAAAAAUUUGUCAUCAAUAUUCCGUCCAAUUGUCAUAGAAAUUGUUUGUCGUAAAAUGCGGAAUUUAUGUAGGAAAAAACCAAAAAAAAAAUUUUUUUUGAAUUUUGUAAAAUUAAAAAAAAAUUCGACCUCCCAGAUCCUAAAAAAAUAGAAAAAAUAUACAGAUUUCGUAUUGUAGACCCCUUUUAUACCAUAUUUAACACCUAUGUUCCUCUUCAUUUGUCGAUUUUUGAGCUCUCGCGCAGUCCGUCAAUAAAUGUUUUAUGUUUUUCGGCAAUUUUCAGUCCCCAAAUACCCCGGAAUGGCUGAACGAAUACCUUCGCGGCGCUGGGAUGGAGAUGUACACAGAGACCCUGUCCCCCUCCACUGUUGGCCUAACAUUCCCCGAGGCUGCCGAGUAUGUUUUUAACAGUACAUGUGUAACCCAUCUAUGUCAAUAUAAUCCGAUAUUUGAUAGCGAAGAAGGGCGGGAGUGAUGGGGAAAGGGACAAAAAUAGAGUCAACUUGAAUUUCUCAAGUCAGAAGUGGCUAAGAUAAGCAUUUUUUUAUAAAAAAAUUGAUUUAUUAUUAAAAUUUUGAAGCCUGAAAAAAGACAAAAAAUUGUAAAUUAUUGCCCGAGGGAAGUCUCUCGGAUUUCGAUGAAAUUUGGCACAAAAUUAGAUCAUUAGUUUCUAGGAUUUACGAAGAGAAUUUAGCCCGCGUUUUGCAGAAACCACCGCGAUUUUUAGGUCUAGCCAAAAAAUUGAUAUUUAUCCAAUUUUCGGCACUUUUCGGCCAAAAAAUUUCAGUGAUUUCUGCAAAGCGCUGGCUGAUAAUUUCGCAUAUACCAAAAUCUCACUUUGACCAUAUAAAAAUGGCGAUUAGCCUGUCUUUUUAACGUUUGAUGUUUGAAUUUCUAAGCGUUUUUCCCACCGGCCGUUUUUUGGGCCGUUAUGGAUGAAAAGAGCUCUUUUGGAAUUUAUUCGGCCAUAGAAAUGUGGCCAUUUCUUUCAAAAAGUUUUCCGAAUGACGUGAGACAAAAUGGAGGGAGCAAAAAAUGGAGAGAAAAGUGUUUGGACGUCAUGUAAUGUCAAGGCCUAUAAAUAAAACAUAGCAAGACUGCAAAAAUUUGCAAAAAAUUACAAAAAAAUACUUCCUAUGUCAGGUAAUCGCUGAAUAAAAUAUUAUUUUGGCCUAAAAUUGACUUUUAACCCCUAUAUUAUAUAAAAAAAUAUGUUUUAUCUCAAAACCCUCCAAAAAAAUCGCGUUUUUUGAGGUGAGAAUGCUGUUUGAUUAACCCCACCCUAACCUGUCCGUCAAGUCCUCCGAAUUUGAAUUGAAAUACGAUUUCUGCGAUGAUUUUAGUCGAAGCAUACCCCCGACUGGCUGAGUCUUUACUUAUGCGGUGCGGGAAUGGAGAUGUACACGGACACUUUGUCCCAUUCAUUUGUGGGAAUGAGUUUCCCCGAGGCCGCGUUGUAAGUGUUUGGGGGAAGUUUGAAGUCUGAAAAUGACGCCAAAGACAUAAUUCAUCCGUAAACAGUCGAGAACUCGACGAAUUUUGGGGAGAAUCAACAAAAAAUUAUAUUACACUUGACCAAAAAAAUUUUUUUUAAUGAAACAAGAUGGUAGUAUGAUAUAAGUUAUCUCUAUUAUUUUAUUUAAACUCUCUAUUACUACUAAAUUUACCAUAAAACACCAUAAAUAUUAUGGCAAAAAUCAUCAAGAAAUUAUAUUGCACUAGGUCAACAGAUAUUCAAAUUAACAAAGAAUGAAGUUGUAAUCGAAAAUUUAGGUUGCUUUUCAAUCGAUUGGGUCUACUGCUACUUGCCAUUGAAUUGAAGGACGAUGAGAAAAAGGAAUGCAACAUUGCCAUCAACCCGGGUCCCGCAACGAUAAUUCAGCCACAAACCCAAGGAUUUUUCAUCGCCCAAAGCGCGGAUGAGGUGAAACGGUAAUCAAAUUUAAUCCAAGGCAUUCCUAACUUACUAUUUACCAUUAAUUUUUUUUAAAUAUCAAUUUUUUCAUCGUCAAAAAAGCAAAAUUUUUUGCAGAGCCUUUUACUGGUGCAAACAGUGCCACGAAGACGUUCUGGACGUGGCUUUGAUCAAGAAAUGCAAAUGCAAAAACCUUUCGCUCUUCCGAAAAGGCGGAAAACCUGUGCAAUUAAUGAAGAGAGGUAAUGUCGGUAUGUGAUUUUGCUUUUUUGUGGCUUCUUCUAUCUGCUAUAACAACCUAAGGACCUUCUCCAUGACCUAGAGAUCUCUUAUCUAGACAUUUGGCAUACAAAAUCGGCGAGAAACGCGGCUUGGAUAUUGAUCUAGACAUUGUGGUAGAUAUUGUGACUAACAUUGUGGUCGAAAUUGGGGUUGACGUUGAAAUAAUUCUAGUCCAUGAGCUCCAACACAGCUUAGUAGUUAAUUUGGUCAAGAUCUGUGGCCGAAAAAACCAAGAUUUAGUUUUAAUUUGGCACUUAUUUUAGCAUCAACCACCGUAAAUAACCCCCAUCUCGCAGUGCCUAAGGGUCCGAUGAUAAACAAUGGAUUCGUGAGCCGAGAGAAUCCCGAGAUCAUCAAUCUGAAUGCGCCGCCAAACGCGAAGGCGACUCUGAUCAACUUCGAUAAUCGAAUUGACAUCGGAUCCUUUGAACAGCAGGACAUGAAGUACGAUAGCACCGGGAUGUUCCAUUGGUGUCCGUCCAGAACCAUCGAAGAGUGCAUUCUGGACAGAUCUCAGGCAGCGAUGACUGUUCUGAAUGGCCAUGUGGUUGUUUGUUUGUUCGCGGAUAAGGACUCGCCAUUGAUUGGGCUGAGGAACUUCAUCAUGCCGUUGAGGUGGGUUAUCUUCUGUUUUAAGGGCAGAGAGACUAGGACAUAAUAGAUUUUGAUCUGUUGGUUCUAUCAAAAAAAAUACAGACAAAUCGAGUUGCAAUUAUUCGAUAUACAACGAGAUCAGUCUACAGGGUGGCCAGAAAGAACGGAAACUUUCUUUCGCGGAUUUUGCUGUUGAUGCGACUGGCAAAAGCGUUGCCGGUGCGUUUUCUGUCACUUCCCUGACGCUUACGGUCGUUGUCAAGCUGCUUGCAUUGUGUGAUUACUUUCGACACAACGUCCUUUCUAUACCGCGCAAAUUAACAAUUCGAAAAGCUCCAAAAAAGGUCCAAAAUCGAGGUCCCUCUGUUUGACAUUCAAAAAAACCCAUGUUAAAUAAUCGUUAUGGUCAUGAAAGUGACAGUACUAGGGCAGAAGAACACGUAGAAUAUAAUGGUAAAAGAAUGAUUUGGCAACACCUAAACAUUUUCGCGCUAGGACCCAUGAAAAAAAGUUUGCGUUUUUUCUGGCCACUCUGUAGAAGAAACCUACAAUAUUGGGGUAGUGCGGGUAGCAGGUAGAUUCUUUCUAGACUCAUUAUAUAUAGAUUAAAAGCGCAAUUUCUGAGCUUUAAAACCGUAUGUUCAACAUGUCUGGUAAUGCGUUUCAAAGCUCACAGGAAUUCGUACAAAUCGGCGACCCAAAAAUACACAAGACUUAUUGGACACCCUAGUAGUAGCCGUCCGCAAAGUUUCUUGGGCUUAAACUGAUGCCAGAGCAGCCAAAAACGUUCAUUAAGACGGGUCUCAUUGUAUCCGUUCACUAUGAGCAGCUAGUCAAAUUUUGAACCCCUUUUUCUGUCAGCUAAAAGAUAAAGUCAUCAUUUUUCUCCCUUCAGAGCUUCGAACUUCCAUUACCACGAACUGAAACAUGUCGUGAUCGUUGGAGAUGCAGAAUAUCUGAAGCACGAAUGGAAGACACUCCACAACCUUCCCAAGAUCUCCAUUCUCAACGGCAACCCACUGUCUCGAGCCGAUCUUCGAGCAGUUAAUAUUAAUUUAUGCGACAUGUGUGUUAUUGUUUCCGCUCGCAUUCCGAAUCCAAACGAAGAUCCCACAUUGGCUGAUAAGGUAAAUUAAAAUCUCUACUGUAUCAAGUACUACAUUAUAAUAUCAAAUUCUCCCAUAUUUUAUAUUAAUUUAUAUUAUUUUAGGAAGCAAUUUUGGCCUCAUUGAACAUCAAAGCGAUGCAAUUUGAUGAUACCCUAGGGUUCGGCCAACGAUCCGGAAUCUCGCCCUUAGGCUCUCCUGGUCUGCCCUUGGCCAAACGAGGAGCCAGAAGUGGUACGAAUGUCCCAAUGAUCACGGAAUUAGUCAACGAUUCCAACGUCCAAUUCCUGGAUCAAGAUGAUGACGAUGAUCCGGACACAGAACUCUAUCUCACACAGCCAUUUGCAUGCGGAACAGCCUUCGCUAUCUCGGUCUUGGACUCGUUGAUGAGCACGGUGAGCAGAUUUGGGUAUUACAAUAGCAAUUUAUAUUAUCCAUGACCUUUGUCAGCAAAUAAAACAUCGAAUUGCAGACCUAUUUCAACGACUCUGCCCUUACGUUGAUCCGAACACUCGUUACUGGAGGUGCCACUCCGGAAUUGGAGCUGAUUUUGGCCGAGGGCGCGGGUCUUCGCGGGGGUUACAGUACCCAGGAAACCUUGUCCAAUCGGGAUCGUUGCCGGAUUUCGCAAAUCAAUCUGGCUGAUCAUCCCUAUGAUGGCAUUGUUGUGAGUUUUUUGAGGCUAUAAUUGACAGGGGAAGUCCCCAAGUGCGACGCGCAGAUUUUCAUGAAACUCGGCACAAAUUUAGAAUAUUUUUUUCUAAGACAUAUAUGAGAAUUCUAGCUCGCGCUUUGCAGAAACAACCGAGAUUUUUAGAUCGAAAGUUGAAGAAAAUUUGAGACUUUUUGUAAAAUUUUUGCACGAAAAGUUUCGUACCUAUGUCUACCGUAAUGGGUAAUUUUUCCACAAAGAAUAAUUUUUUUCCGCACGAAACUCCCAAAGUUAUGGCGAAAAAGUGUUUUUCUCUCUGACCGCUCUCCACGUUUAGUGUACUCUCUCGGCGGCGAAGAUCGUUCAAUAUCUCGGCGGCGCCUGCAAAGCGUGAGCUAAAACUUUUAGGAAUUGAUAUUUAGUCUAUUCCCGAAGUGUGUGCGAAAUUUAAAGAAAAUCUGAGCGUCGCACUUGGGGUAUUUCCCUUGUGAGGUUAAUUAAUUAGUUUUGCGCAAAAAAUUUGUUUUUGGUUAUAAUGUAGUAGAUUAAAUUGCUGUUUUUUUAGUCUGGCUCAACGUACGGAGAAAUGUUCAGUGUAGCGUUGAAGAAGAAUGGGCAACUGUGCGUUGGACUGUAUCGAUUGCACGAUCAAGCAUCGCCCGAGAGCAAUAAGCGAUAUGUGAUUACAAACCCUCCAGCUGAACUCCGAUUACUUUCCAGUGACAAUGUAAGGCUGCUUAUUCUUUAUUAAUUAAAGCCUCAUAUGACUCUAGUUUCUUUCCAAGAUGACUAGAGUCAUCAUGCAUGCAUAUUAGGACCAAAAUUAUCUUAUCCAUGAUGUCUAAUAUCACCUAAACCAUUCCAGGUCUACGUCCUCGAACAAUUCGACCCCGGGCUGGAAUACGAGCCCAUGGACCGAAUGAUGAUGUCCUAG